GUACAUAACAUGACAGAAAAGGAUCGAUGUCCUCCACAAAUAAAAUAGCACCAAGUGCAAUCGUCCCUGAACUCCUUACAAAGGAUAAUUAUAAAAAAUGGAGAGUUUGGCUAAGAAACUACUUGCUGGGUGGAGAGCUUUGGGAAAUUGUUGAUGGAACAGAGCCUAUCCCUGAAGCUACUCAACCUCAGUACAAGAUGUGGAGAAAGAAGAACGCACAGGCUCUACACACUAUCUAGAUUACAUGUGGAGCUGAUAUGUUUUCUCAGAUCGAACUAAUUGAUGUAGCUAAAGAUGCCUGGGAUAAUUUGGCCUCUAUUCACAAGUCAGCAGAGGAAACAGAACCAAGCCCAGCAGAGGAAGAGGAAGAUAAUCUCCAGGACUAUAGUAUGUAUCUGCCCCUACAGAAGGCCGUCGACCAGGGUGAGUGGGAGAAUGCCAAAAGAUUCAUUGAUGGCCAUCCAGAUGCAGUGAGGGUCAAGAUCACAACGAUAAGGGAUACUGCUCUACAUAUUGCGACUGACAAUGGCAAUGUUCUCAUGGUGGAUAAGCUGAUACAAUUAAUGUCCGCAGAAGACCUGGAACUGAAGGACAUUAAUGGUGACACAGCCCUUUCCCGUGCUGCCUUGGGUGGGAAUACAAAGAUUGCGGAGUUAUUGGUUAGAAAGAGUACAGGUUUGGUAUGCAUACCAAAUAAUUAUGGUUUUAUCCCAGUUACUGUGGCUGCUGGCUUUGGCUUCAAGGAUACGGUGCGCUUCCUUUACUCAGUCACACCAGAGGUUGAAUUUAAUCCUUAGAAAAGUAAUAAUAAUGGAGCCAAACUUCUUACUGAAGCAAUUACUACUGAGCCUGAGAUCUACGAUGUCGCUCUGGAUCUACUCCAGCGCUACCCACGGUUAGCUAUUACUCAAAAUAAAGAUGCUGAUACAUCACUGACUGCACUAGCUGAAAGGCCUUCAGCAUUUCCAAGUGGAAGUCAGCAUGGCAUUUGGACACAAUGGAUCUACUCAACUAGAGUUUUUGCUGAGGAGAUUUGGCUCAGUCUUUUGCGUCCUUUGCUAAGUUUUAAGCCCCAGCUUUUAGUGAGCAAAUCUUGGAAAUUGGCCUCGAUGACUUGACCCAACUGCACUGCUACAACUCGGUGCCUUCAUUCAUGUAUAGAUUCUUAUUGGAAGAUUGAGUUUAGUUUUUACAAGCUAAGUUGCUUUGAUUAUCUUAGGCUAUGUUUGGUUUGAAGGAAAAUGCAUGUAAAGGAAGGAAAAGGUAGGAAACCUUUACAAACUUUGUAUAGGUUUUUCUAUCUUUCCCUUCCUUUCCCUACUUUUUCCUUCAAACAAACAUAGCCUUGGGAUUCGUUGUCAUCAUUCGAAGCUUGAAACUUAUCUUUUAGCAUAGAGAAUUAAUAGAAAUUAUCGAUGGCUAAUUACUAUGACAAUUGUCAAAUUUAGUAUUUCCUCUCAUCUUUCUUUCUUUUGUACUUGAAAAUAUCCCUAUCCCAGCUGUGAAAAUCAAAGGCGUAGACAGUACCGGCAACGGAGAUCAAGUCCGAAUCAUCCACAGAGGUCUCUCUCUCUCUCUCUCUCUCUCUCUCUGGUUAGUGUAUUAUAUGGCACAAAGCCUAGCAGACCCUGACUCCUCUUUCUCUCUCUCUUGAAAGUAUCCACAAAAUUUGCUACCUGUCCCUUUGUUUGGAAUAAAACAGCCUGUUGUGGGAUGAUCAUGGAUCCUCUUUAGCAGACUAGCUGGGUAAGAAAUUUGCAUAGCUGAUCCAUACCAUCUUAAUACUUCAUUUAACUUGAUCUAGAAAAAUUCUCUGAAAGAAAAAAGAGAGAAUUCUAAAUACUAACAAAAGCCAAAUCAGAUAGUAAAAAUUAUCAGAUAAUGCAGACUUUUGGCAGGGCCACAGUUUUAGAUGAUAAAACCGCCAUUAUCAAGUGGUUGUUCAUGUUUCUUGAAAUGCAUACGUUACGGGUGGCAAGUUAUGUUGGCUCAAAGACCCUAUUGCUUCUAUAGCCUAGAUCAAGAGGCUACCUUGGGUAAAAUUUAUUCCUACUAGUAAUAAUAUAUAUUUUCAACUUUUCAUCAUAAGUGAAAUUCUUAUAGUUUAUGUUGCAGUUGUUUGGUUUUUAUGUCGGCUAGCGUGGAGUGCCUUUAAACCAUUAGGAAUUCAGCAAUUGUACAGAAAUAAGCUGAUAUUGAUUCAAGUAAAAGAAAUACUAAAAGUCAUUUGUUCUGAAAUUGAGAAAUUGGAUGAAUCACAUCUUAACAAAGUAGAAGGUGACAUUAUUACAGGUGUCCAAUUUGGGAUUGUUGAGCUUGUUGAAGUUAUCAGGUCCAUUCCUGUAGAAUUAUAUGUCCUAGAUCAUAAUAAUCGAAACCUGAUUUCACUUGCAAUUGUACAUGGACAACAUAAAGUCUUCAACCUCAUAUAUGGGAUCAGGUGCAAAAUACAACCAUCUCAACGAUAUUGAUUACUUUGGCAACAACAUGUUACAUUUAGCUGCAGAGUUAUCACCUUACAAACAGCUUAGUAGAGUGUCUGGGGCAGCUUUGCAGAUGCAACGAGAGCUUCAAUGGUUUAAGGAGGUGGAGAAGUUCAUACCACCCAAGCACAGAGAAAGUCGAAACAACAACGGCAAAACACCUCAAGCUUUGUUUACCGAGGAGCACAAGGACUUGGUCAAGGAAGGAGAAAAAUGGAUGAAGGACACAGCACAGUCAUGUAUGCUUGUGGCUACUCUGAUUGCUACAUUUACAUUUGCAGCAGCAUUCAUUUUGCCAGGAGGAAAUAAUAAUGAUACGGGCAUUCCUAUUUUCUUACAUACCACAGCUUUCUUAGUUUUUAUUAUCUCAGAUGCAUUAUCGCUCUUUUCUUCUUCUACCUCAGUGUUGAUCGUUUCAGGAAUUCUCACAUCACGAUAUGCAGAACAAGAUUUCCUCGUAUCAUUGCACAGGAGAUUGAUAAUUGGUCUUGCCACCCUAUUCUUCUCAGUAGCAACUAUGAUGGUAGCCUUUGGUGCAACCCUUUUCCUUGUUCUUCAUCAUCGAGCUCAAUGGGUAGCCAUUCAAAUAACUUUGCUUGGCAGUGUCCCAGUUUGUUUGCUUUACCGCAGUUUCCCCUAUUGGUUGACAUGGUAAUCUCCACAUAUGGAUCUGGCAUCUUUGGUCUAGGAAAGUGAUAGAUCAAGGCUCUGUUCAUGUGUGAGAGAGAGAUUGAAUAUCUACUGUAAAAUGUGUUCAUUGAUUAAUUUUUCUUUUUUUGGUUUGCUAUGUCAAUUAAUAACAUUUGUGGGUUUAGAUUUGUGAAUUUGUAACUUAA